AUGAGCACCAACUCCCCACCCACACUACUGAAACUGGCAAUGCAGAGCUUGCUGAGAGAUGAGGACUUGGCCAUGGGAGCUGUGGGAGAUUUACCAGGGGAGCUCUUCCCACCAGUGUACAUGGAGGCCUUCACCAGGGGACUCACUGAGCUCCUAAAGGCAAUGGUGCCACUCUGGCCCUUUCCCUAUCUGCCCCCAGGAGCACUGAUGAGCAUGAGGAGACCACAGACUUCUGACACUGAGGUGGAUAUUGCCGAGGUGGAGAAAAAGAUUUUACAAGCUGUGCUGGAUGUGCUUGAUGUGAGCUUGAAACUGCAAGAGGUAGCUACAUGGGACAUGCACAAAACCUUCUGGAGAGUUCGGGCUGGAAACGAGUUAGAAGCCUGCUACUCCUCAGAAGCCAUGAAGAGGAGAAACACAGAGAAGAGUGGGGCGAGGGCAGCACAAAAGCAUCCCUUCAAGGUGAUUGUAGACCUGGAGUUCAGUCAGGAACCUCUGCACCUACUCCAAUCCCAGCCCCUCAAAAUAGCUGACAUUCAAAGUAUCAUAGAAGUCAUGGAAAUCUUGAACCUUGGUUCUGUGCAGGAGGCAGAUGUGGGCCACUGCUGGUCACUCUCCAUCCUACCUCAUUUCAACCCUUAUCUGGGUGAGAUGCAAAAUCUUCACAAAUUAAUUCUCUAUGGCAUCUCUGUUCCUUCAUUCAUUUCACCAGAGAACAGACAGCAGUUAGCCACCCAAAUGACCUCCCGAUUUCGUAAGCUUCACUAUCUGCAGGAGAUUUUUAUGGACUCUGUCUCCUUCCUUGAACACCACCUGGACCAGUAUCACUGUCAGAAUCCUCUGCUCCUUGGUGGGGUGGUGAUGACCAGACCGGAAGUGCAGGACUCUGAAGCUGAUGGCAAGGAGAAGAGGCGCGGGACUGGAAACAAGGACACAGACUCUGCUGACAGCCUUCUGGGAAACCCCAGGGGAUGUGGCCAGGUCUUGUGCCCGACAUCACCCUUGAGGACCAUUUCAUUAAUUUACUGCCAGCUUUCACAUUCUGACUGGAACCAGCUGCCAUGUUGUCCCAGCACCGGACACCUGAAACACUUGGAUCUCAGAGGUAUCAGGCUGACUCAUUUUAGUUCCAAUCCUCUCCGAUCUCUCCUGGAUAACAUUGCAGCCACUCUGACCACCCUACAUUUGCAGGCCUGUAGGAUCACGGAUGCCCAGGUCCAUGCCUUUCUGCCUGCUCUGAGCCAAUGCUCCCAGCUCAUUACCUUCAGUUACAUGUGCAGCUUCAUGUCUGCAGCCACUCUGGAGAGCUUGCUGUGCCACACUGCCAGGCUAAGCAGCUUAUGCCUAGAUAUGUACUCUGCUCCUCAAGAGGCUUAUGCUUCCAGGCAUGGUGCCCACCAGCUGAGGCAGGAUGAGAUUCACGAAGGGCUGAGGAUUGUACUGCCAUUAAACCACCCCAGGACAGUAUAG